AUGGAAGAGAAGCAGGUUCUUCGGAAACUGGAAGAAAUGUUCCGGGAUAUCCGGCUAGAGAAGCAAGAAGAGCACAUGCGAAAAGUCCACGGUCAUGGACCCAGUAUCAGUCAUAAAUUAGACCGGUCUGAAUGUGACAUCCAUGGACGUCGGGACUCGACGAGUAGUCAGCGGAGUUCCCUGAGUCCUUUGGGAGGUCAUCGACCCCUGAGGCCAGUAGUAGUCUCUCUAAGGAACCUAGACAAUACGGCACUAAGCCGGUCGGGCUCACGGGAUUCCGUCGCCUCCACGGGAUCCCGCAAGUUUUCCAUCGAUUCCCUCGAAGGCCGCCGGGAUUCAUUGGACAUGGAUAAGAGAAAUCCUUUGAGCGGCGGAGCCGUCCUAGACGACGGGACCAUCCUCGAGGAAGAAGAGGUAGGCCCACACGAUUCAAAGGUAUCUUGCCGCGUUUCCUUUGCUCCAUUCCUCAAUCACAAGGCCUGUGAAUGUCGAUUGAGGAGUUCUCAGCCACUGCUUCGCAACUAA